AUGGCGGCGGAGCUUAACCUGGAGGUGGACUUCAAACUCAGCGAGCCCGUCGAGGGGGCGUGUUGGAGGGUCAAAUAUACGGUCGAUAUGACGGAAAUGAAGUUCGUUGUCGAGGUGGGAGAGACAGAAAAGAAAAACUACGAAGCCGGUGCGCACACGAUGAGGUUCCACAGCGACGGCAUAGCGCUCGGCGACGUGAAGAAAUCGUGGCUGAACAACGUGGGUUUGCUGACGGCGAGCCUGACGAGUGGAGAGGAGGACAUCGCACAGAUUUGCGCGGUCACGCAGGUGACCAAAGGCGCGGACGGCAAGUUGCAGCGGCGAAUGAUGAGCCCACUAGAGUAG